AAAAACAAUCUUUCAAGCAGGACAUAGGCCUAGUUGAUUACUGUGCAUGGAGGCUGACACUGUUAUCACAUGAAAUAAAAGUGUCCAUGGCUCGAGGCAACAAACUUGAUGUUGGCUUUUCUUAUAGAUACCCUCCUUUUGAAUUGAAUUGACCUAUUCAGUGACCACAUCAAUAGCUGUGAAUGGGUCCAAAGCAGAGGGGCUUUUAAUGUAAAUGUGACUCUUAUCGGUGAUGGACUUUGACUGAAGUCAUUGUGUUCUCUUCAGCAGGGUCAUUGGAGCGGUUUUAAGUGGGGCGUUCAGUUCCACGUCAACAGGUUUCACAACAAACUCGUCACACCAGUUUCAUCGGAGCUUCCUGACAAAGUUUGAAUGGAUCUUGUGAAACAUACAGGCGGCUGCCACUGUGGGGCUGUGAGAUUUGAAGUCUUGAGUUCCCCAGACCUCCACGUUUUCCAAUGCAACUGUAGCAUUUGCACAAAGAAACAAAACCAUCAUUUCAUUGUUCCAAAAAAUCACUUCACACUCUUACAGGGGUCAGAUAAUCUGACCACGUACACGUUUAACACUCACGUUGCUAAACACACCUUCUGUAAAACCUGUGGAGUUCAAAGUUUCUACACUCCACGCUCCAACCCUGAUGGAUAUGGUGUUGCUCCGCACUGUCUGGAUCCAGUUACUGUCCGCAGUGUCACAGUGGAGACAUUUUGUGGUGAGAAGUGGGAAGAAAGCAUGCAAGCUCACAAGAGCAUUAGAGACAUGUCUAAAUCUGCAACAGAGACACAGCUGACAGAAACAAAAUGACACCUAUGGGAUAUAAGAAUCAAGAGUUUUUUUAAUCAGCAGUAUAACAGGCAUAGUGUACAGUAUCUUUGACAUUGUAAGAUAAAAAAAAACAAAAAACAACUGAUUCAAAACCUAGUGUUGUUUUAUACAGUAUGACAAUAAAGAUGUUUAUUUGGGAAAAA